UACAGAAAUAGCUUUUGUUGUCUCUGCUCUGAUCGUGAAUAAUUCAUUUCGAAACCGUGUUUCCGCGGUGACAUUUGCCCACGCCGUCCCCGGGUAUAAGCGUGGGCCGGUGCAUGAAUCCCUCGUCAGAGCCCGGAAAGGUCAAGUAAUAUUGAUAUCGAUUUGCAAACGAGAGUUGUACCGUUAGAAUCCAACCUGUGAAGUCGGCUUGGGUCGGGCAUCUCAGGGAAGUUGGUUGAACGUGCGCUGCGUUUUAUAUGACGCGUUGUAGAACUUUUGGAAUCAGCAGGUCUGUGGACUUGGGCAUAGAUUCGAGCUUUUUACGCACGGCUGCGGUGGAACCGCCGUGCGUAAAACGCGCGCUCAGGGGUGGAGACUUUCUUGGAGAGGCAGGCUCAGCGUGCGUAACAGAGCCGUCCGUCCACAGGUUUCCGCCUCCCUCGUUGUGUGUCUUACCAACGCAGACCUGACAGUAGACACUUGUUGAAUCGAGGAUGAACCGACCAACCUCAGAGUAACGGCGUUUGGCUGAGGCUGUUUAAAGGCUGAGGCGCGUAUUUGGAUAAUGGCAAAUUAACCGAAAACGGAUCGUCUUGGACACGAGUCUCCACAACUAGCAUCAUGCCACAAAUCCAUCACUGCAGUUCCAGCACGGCAACAACAGCAACAUAAUGGCAUGUAGGAGCGGUUGUUGCUGCGGCUCCAGUCCGGUAAACGAGGAUAACGCGAGGUUCCUGCUGCUGGCGCUGUUCAUCAUCGUCUAUCUGUUCUGUGGAGCCGCGGUUUUCUCGGCGCUCGAACAGCCGAAGGAGCGCGAAGCCAAGGAGCGCUGGGCGCAGAGGUUCGAGCAUUUCAGCCUCAAGUACAACCUGAGCAAGAAGGACCUGCAGAACUUCCUGAGGAACUACGAGGAGGCGAACGUGGCCGGCAUCCGGGUGGACGCUAUCAGACCUCGGUGGGACUUCACGGGCGCUUUCUACUUCGUGGGAACUGUGGUGUCAACCAUUGGCUUUGGAAUGACCACUCCCGCCACCAUCGGAGGGAAAGUUUUCCUGAUGUUCUACGGUUUGCUGGGCUGUGCGGCCACCAUUCUCUUCUUCAACCUCUUCCUGGAGCGCGUCAUCACUGUUAUCGCCGUGGUCCUCAAGUCCUGCCACGAGCGACGCCACAGCAAAGCCGUGCUUCCCCAGAACGGUCGGCAAGUCUCCGAGGAAAACAGAGCGGCCGGAGCCGUGGGGAGAAAAGGCGAGGACCUGGCUGGCUGGAAGCCUUCAGUUUACUGCGUGAUGCUCAUACUAGGGGUGGCAGCCAUAUUGGUGUCGUGCUGCGCUUCACUCAUGUACUCAGCAGCAGAAGGCUGGGAGUAUCUGGACUCACUUUACUUCUGUUUUGUGGCCUUCAGCACCAUCGGUUUUGGAGAUAUGGUGAGCAGCCAAAAGCUGGUCUACGAGGGCCAAGCGACAGUGGCUUACAGACUGGGAAACUUCUUCUUCAUUCUCACCGGCGUCUGCUGCAUCUACUCUCUCUUCAACGUCAUCUCCAUCGUCAUCAAGCAGGUCCUUAACUGGUUGCUGAGGAGACUAGAAACCCCCUGCCGCUGCUGUCUCCCCAGGAGGGGUCAUCAUCCCCACCGACAUCCUCGAAGGAACGUGGUGGCCCCAGGUCACCUGCGCACCCGCAGGGAUCCUUCAAUCGAGACGGACGCCAUGAACGAGAGCGAGACUGACACCGGGCGCCGCAUGUCCGGGGAGAUGAUCUCCAUGAGGGAUUUCUUGGCAGCCAAUAAGGUCAACCUCGCUAUUAUGCAGAAACAGCUGUCGGAAAUGGCCGUCGGUCACCCACGCCAGUCCAGUUCGAGUUCACGCCAGAAUGGAUUCUCAGGAGGGGUGGGCGCCCUUGGCAUCAUGAACAACCGCCUGGCAGAGACCAGCGUGGACAGAUAGAGGGAAAGACUCUUUCUACAUCUUUUCUUGGGGGCGAUAAAAGAUGCAAAUAAGCACAAAACACCCAGAUGACUGAAGAGAAAUACAAAGUUAGUUACACACCGAACUGAUGACUACCAAGUAUAACGUAUUCUUCCCAGUGAAAGGCAGGUUAAAGUCCGGCUUCGUCUCUGUCUAAUACCCGCUGACUAAUGUGAUUCCAUGAAUGGUACAGGAUUUUCAGAAGACGCACAUCUGGAUCAGAGCUCAGAGCGUUGCAACGUUCUGAGGAAUUCAGUUGCCAUGGUGAUGAAACAAAAAAAGAAAAAGAACCGUUCCCAGCCUUAGUAGCCUCACUUUAAACACCCGACACAUGCUACUUCACAGUGACUGUAAGCACAACUUCCACUCAUCUGCAUUACUGUGUUGAAACCCACUCUGAGUUGAUCUUUUUCCAUCUGCUUACUGCUUCCGUGUCUGUAAAGGAAAUCAUUGGAGGGGGGAAAUAGCUUUAAUAAAAAUAACUGUUUCUUCAGUUGGUGUCUGACAGUCAGUUUAUACGUUAGCAGAUCAAUGGCGCUCGUUCGCGCUGUUCUAGUUCAUGCAAUCCAGUCGACGACUUCAAUCGCAGUCGCUGCUUUUAUCUAUUAUCACAACAAACCCUCCACGAGGAACCUCAUCACGGAGCGGAGUGACCCGUCUGCGGCUGAACGCUCCGUUCUCGGAGUCGGAGAGAAACACAUUAUGGGAGAUUGUUGUUUACUUGGAGCUUUGCUGCACGGUCAUUACAGCAGAACAGUGAGACA